CACCCACCUCCCCUGCUUCCCUCUAUUUUCCUUGCCUUUACCCCUCUCUCUCCCAGUCUUUCUUCCCCCCACAAACCCAUCUCCCUUUCCAUUCCAUCUUGUUCGUUCUCUUGUUCUUUUCUUGCCUAUUAAUCUUUUUUUUUUCAUUUCCACCUUUUUUUAUUACAAAAUCCCACAUCCAAAAUCUCAACUAUCAUAUAUAUAGACAAAGAAAUUUAUUUAAAAAAUUAUUAGGAGCCAUUUAAAAGGAAAAUCCCACCCCCCACAGCAUGAAAGGUGAACAUGUAGAGCCCAAAUAUGAUAACCCCAACAGCAUGUUUUCAAAACUUGACCACCCUCAUCAGAACCUUCAUCAAAAUAAUCCUUUCUCUCAUCAGUUCCAACUCUCUCGUGAAUCCCAAAACCCUGACUCCGAUGACACCACCACACCUACCCCCAAAGACCCUACCACCAACCACAACGCUACCCUUCCUAGUGGUGGAAGCGGCGGCGGUGCGAGCGCUGGCGAUGGAGCUACCAUCGAAGUCUUUCGUAGACCCAGAGGUCGUCCUCCAGGCUCCAGAAACAAGCCCAAACCACCCGUCAUCAUCACUCGGGAACCUGACCCUGCCAUGAGUCCUUACAUUCUCGAAAUCCCUGGAGGAAACGACAUCGUUGAAGCUAUCUCCCGUUUCUCUCGUUGCAAAAACAUUGGAAUCUGCGUACUUAGAGGAUCUGGAACUGUUUCCAACGUAACUCUCCGUCAACCUUCAACUACUCCGGGAGCUACCAUAACUUUCCAUGGCAGAUUCGACAUCUUAUCCCUCUCAGCCACGUUCCUACCUCAAACGAUGCCGUGUCACAUGCCUAAUACGUUCUCUAUCUCUUUAGCGGGUCCUCAAGGGCAGAUCGUUGGAGGUUUCGUAGCUGGCUCGUUGCUGGCUGCUGGCACCGUGUUUAUAAUAGCUGCUACGUUUAACAAUCCUUCGUAUCAUCGGUUACCAGGAGAAGAAGAAGCGAGGAAUACGGUGUCGUCUGGUGGUGGUGGUGAGGGACAGUCGCCGCCUUUUUCUGGUGGCGGUGGAGAUAGUAGUCACGCUGCUGGUUCAGAUUCUUGUGGGGUCUCCAUGUAUAGUUGUCAUUUGGGUGGAGCAGAUGUGAUUUGGGCUCCAACUGCUAGACCACCGCCACCUCCACCGCCUUAUUGAUGAGUUUAAGUUCUAGCUUUUCUUUUUCUUUUAAAACUUUCUUCUUUGGGAAGCACUGUGAAUUAAUGGAGUUUAGAUGAUCCUUUUUUUUCCUUUUUGUGUUUUGUAGUGUUUUGUUUCAUCAUAAUAUAAUCAUCAAUUACCUUCGUUUAAAUUUUAAUUUUGAAUUGUUAGUUGAUUAAUUUUUUUGUUCUCUCCAUGAGAAAAUGUUUUAAAAACUUUUCAAGCUUUGGAAAAGCUGAAAAAGCAUUCGUUGGCUUUGAUUGAGAGCUGAGACGACCCUGGAAAAUCAUCCGUAAUAAGGGUGUGGGUUGUGAAAAUUGUCAUUCGUCAUCAAACUUUCUACUGUUUAAAUUGGUUCUUGUAUAUUUCUCUGUUUUUAUAAUUUUAUUACAUGUUAGAUAGUUGUCAGAUUCUUUUCUGUUUCAAUAUGGGAGAGCUGAGCUGAGCUGAGCAUUGCUUGAAGUUUGGAACUGAUCAUACGUAUCUCUGCACUCUUCUGCAAGCAGCAGCUGCACUACUGGCUGAAGAUAAUGCUGCUGAUUCGAUUGAUCCAUUUUAUUUUCCAUACCUUCUCCGUUUAAGCGUAUGCCUGAAGAAAACAUGGCUAGGGUUAUGCUAGCUACCUAUUCUUUUCAGGGCAGCUCACAAAGAGAACGAAAAGAAAGAAAAAAAAAAGGGUUUGCGUUUGCUUUUAUCCAAUGCGUUCUUGAAAGCUCUUACCCCACUUUAAUAGUAUCUUUUCUUUUCUUCUUUUUAAUUCUUUUCCCAUUCUUUUCUUCCUUCUUUAUCUGAUCAUAUAUGUACUUUGAAUUGUCUCUUUCUGAUUUGUAUCUUUUUCUUUGAUGGGAAAAAAUAAGACAGUGAUGAAAGCAUAGCAAAGAUAGCGGUUGGGGUUGGGAUUGUGAGUGGGGGAGGGAGGGAGUCAUUGCCUCCAUCUCUCCAUAAAAUCUUUGAUUCUUGAGCUGCUGCAGUUGCCUGUUGGGUACUGGCUACCGCUUUCUCACCCGAACGAGUUAAAUGACACUUGUGCUUGGCUCUGAAUGGUCAUAUUUCAUGGAGACAAGACAUUUAUUGCCUGAUCUUAUCAUUUUUUUUUUCUGUUUCUUCAAAGAUUGGAUAUUUUCUUGCUUUGUAGUUAUCGUGGGCCUA